UCUCUUAUAGCGUGCAAACGCCUUUGCAAACGCCUUACAAGUCUUCUCUCUUCUUCCCAUUUCCUCUUAGUUACUCUCUUUGCAACACACACAUUUUCCUUAAUCUUUUCUCUUUUUAGCUCAUAUUUUCUUGAAGAAAAACAAAAAAGAUCAGAUGGGUUGAUGCAAGAACUGGGCUUCCUAAGUGGUUCUUGUAAAUUAUGAGGAGUUUGGGACGAUGGACACUGGUGUUUACACCUGGAAAUGAGGGAGAGGCAACGGUGGCGAGCUGAAGAGGAUGCUUUGUUGCGGACAUAUGUGAGACAGUAUGGACCAAAAGAAUGGCACCUUGUAUCACAGCGUAUGAACGCACCACUCAACAGGGACGCUAAGUCUUGUUUGGAAAGGUGGAAAAACUACCUCAAACCGGGGAUUAAAAAAGGAUCACUCACUGAAGAAGAGCAGCGUCUUGUUAUCCAGCUACAAGCUAAACACGGUAACAAAUGGAAGAAAAUAGCAGCUGAAGUACCAGGCCGAACUGCUAAAAGAUUGGGAAAGUGGUGGGAAGUAUUCAAAGAGAAACAACAGAGAGAACAGAAAGAAAACAAUAAGGUUGUUGAUACAGUAGACGAGGGAAAAUACGACCACAUUCUCGAGACCUUUGCAGAGAAGAUUGUGAAAGAGCGGAGUGCUGUCCCAGGUUUACUUAUGGCUACUUCUAACGGAGGUUUCCUCCACGCUGAUGCACCAGCUCCCGCCCCACAAACUCUUCUUCCUCCAUGGCUUUCUAAUUCAACCGCUCCUUCAACUGCCAGAUCAUCAUCUCCAUCCGUGACUUUAAGUCUCUCCUCCUCAACAGUGCCGCCUACAACUACGCCUGGCAUUCCAUGGCUACAAACAGAUAGAGGCAGUUUUCCUCAUCAUGGGAUUGCUGCUCCACCUUGUGGAGAAAAUCCAUUUAUUACUGAGCUUGCGGAAUGCUGUAAAGAACUGGAUGAAGGGCAUCGUACUUGGACAGCACAUAAAAAGGAAGCAGCUUGGAGGUUAAGGAGGGUGGAAUUACAACUAGAAUCAGAGAAAGCAGGCAAAGUUAGGGAGAAGAUGGAGGAAAUUGAAGCCAAAAUGAAAGCUCUGAGAGAAGAGCAAAAGGCAACUCUAGACAGAAUUGAAGCAGAAUACAAGGAGCAACUAGCAGGCUUGAGGAGGGACGCGGAAGUGAAAGAGCAGAAAUUGGCCGAGCAAUGGGCUUCCAAACACCUGCGCCUUGCUAAGUUUCUUGAGCAAAUGGGAUGCCAAUCAAGACUUGCAGAACCUAAUGGCGGCCGCUAAAGCGAAGCUGCUCUAAACCAAGAAUUCUUUUGCGUGUCCUCGCCGCCUAAGACAGUUCUUUCAAACUACCAAGACUUUUAUUAUUGUAAACAUUUUGUUAGAUCACCUUCUAUUUGGUUUACUAUGUUUUCAUUUCUGCAUGAUAAUUCUAUAAAACCCAGCAACUUAUAUUCCUGGUAUCUGCUAAAGGAUUAGUUGCAACUUGUGACAACAGAAUGAGCUUGUAUCUUUCAGUAUUAACAUCUAUUAAUAUAACUUACUCAA